GUGUUUCUCUGACACUUUGCGCUGUGUUGAGAGAGUAAGUACUAGUCGCGAUUAUCGCAGACAUGGAAGCGCUCUGUGCUGCUUGGGCAUUGGUAGAAACAGAUAAAGAAAACUUUGACAGGUACCUGACAGCAUUGGAUGUUCCUUUCAUGGCAAGAAAAGCUGCAGGUGCCUUGAAACCUGAUGUUAUCAUCUCCAAGGAAGGCAAUGUUAUAAAGAUAAGAUCUGAAAGUACUUUCAAAAACCAUGAGCUCUGCUUUAAGCUUAAUGAGGAGUUUGAUGAGCCGACCCCUGAUGGUAGAAAGACAAAGACUACUGUUACUCUUGAGAAUGGUGUGUUGGUUCAGCGCCAAAAAUGGAAUGGCAAGGAGUCUACAGUAACACGAGAGGUGAAAGAUAACCAGAUGGUGACGACCUGCAUAAUCGGAGACAUAAAGGCUGUAAGGAUCUUCACGAAGAAAAACUGAGACUUCCAGUCCUUGGAAAAAAGUUAUGCUUUAAAAGCUCAGUUUAAUGAGCUCUGGUCCAAUUGCCUGUACUGUUUGCUUCAUAUUGUAGGCUUGGCUAUGUGUGACCUGCCUGAUAUGAGUAUAACAUUAAAGCUUUUGGCCACCAACUCCUGUGUAUGUGAAACAAAACAGAAAUAUA